AUGGGGCGCUGCCAUGGCGGACCGUUUAUUUCCCCUCCAUCCUCAUUGGUCACCGCACAUGGCGACAUGGGCAGCUCUUUGGAAGGGCAGGUGACCGUAAGAAACAGACAAAUGAACAAACAACAAAAAAACAAAAAAUCGGAUAACGCUACCAAACGGGCAGACAAACAGACGGACAAACGGACUGACACAAAGACAAAACGAACCGACAGUCGGACAGACAAGUGGACGGACCCAAUGACAAAACGGACAGACAAACGAACGGACACAAUCGAGCUGAGGAAGUUGGGAACUCCCUCAGAGGACGAGCUCUUGGCUUCUAGUCAAGAGACAGUUGAUGACAAAGCUGUGGGCCACAGCACGCCAUCAACUAUAAAUCAACCGAUCACAUCCGCUGAUGCCAAGGGGCAAAAGCGUCAAUACCCAAAAAAAGGCCCGUCUAGAUAUAAGCUUUACCAGCGGUCUCUAGCUAUUCUCGGCAGAAUAAGCAAAAAUGAGGCCGAAGGUAAAACUCAUCCCAAAGAUGCGGCCGAUAAGGCAAGGUGCCAAAAGGUGGUCGAUGAGUACCUGGCGUUCCAGGCCACCCAGAAGGCAGAAGCCGUAAAACGCAAUCGUUCGCAGGACGAGGGCUGUAAAACUGCGAAAAAGCACAAGACGUCUCACACUGCUCUGACGCCCAAACCAGCCAAACGCGCGUUUAACGAGGUGGCACGGGAUCACCUGCAAACGGCGUUGGUGGACGAAUUAACGAACCGCGGUAAACCUGCGUUAGAAAGGUGGUCCGAAAUCGAGGCACGGCUGUCUCGCAUUGUCGUUGAUCACGUCAUGGCAAGCCCGGAGGGUCAAGUGCCAGGUUAUGAUUCAAUGGAGGUGGUCCGUGGAUACAGGGUGAUCAAAUGCGACGAUCAGUUCUCUGUUGAUUUCCUUCAAAACGCUAUUAGCAAAAUCCAGAGCGACUGGGAAGGUUUGAGGCUCAAACUAAUCCCAGCCAGUGAGAUCCCAAGAUGA